CUCCCAUGCAGUGAGGAAUCUGCAGUGGGGAGAAAUAAAGGAAAAUUCCGUAUAAAAUGAGAUAACCUUGAAAGAAAUAAAAUUGGCAUACAAACUGGGAAAAAACUUUGAUUGAAGAAAUCUUAGGGAGGGUCUGCAGCCUAAGGGGCGGGGUCGACGCGUUGAGCGGCUUUGCGCCUGCGCUUCAGCUAGGCGGUUAGAUUUGAAUGCUUUACUGAGGUCCUCUAGGCGUUAUGAGCAGACGUGAAGGGGUGGGGGUGAGCUAUCUGAGAAGCGUGCGGACCACAAACAAGUCUGAAGAGAUUUUGUGAAGCCGUUGGGACUUCACAAAUGAAGCAGCGGGUAACUUUCGUCCUGGUCUUCGCCCGCGGGAUUUAGGUUUUGUUACAGCGGAUUGAAGGCCUCACGCUGGGAGGAGAGGGACGCGCCUACAGCCAGACUGCCUCGGAACUCUCUGGGCUCAGGAAAAUUUUUCUUCAAAAAUGGAUGGGAUGUCUUCAGAGGCUAAUGAAGAAAAUGGCAAUGUGGAGAGACCUGUUGGAAGACGACAUUCUUCAAUUUUGAAACCCCCAAGGAGUCCUCUUCAGGACCUCAGAGGUGGAAAUGGUAAUGAAACUAUUCAGGAAUCCAAUGCUUUGAGAAAUAAGAAAAACUCUCGUCGAGUCAGCUUUGCAGAUACUAUAAAAAUAUUCCAGACAGAGUCUCAUAUGAAAAUAGUGAAAAAGUCAGAAAUUUCAGAAACAGAAGCAGGAGAAAAUAUCCUAUUUAUACAGAAGAAGAAUCCAGAAGAUAACUACUGUGAGAUAACUGGAAUGAACACAUUGCUUUGUGCUCCCAUUCAGACCCAGAUGCCCCAGAGAGAGAUUUCAAUUACAGAAUACAGCCAUGAAAGGAAACAUGCAAAUGACCAAACAGUCAUCUUUUCAGAUGAAAACCAGAUGGACCUGACAGCAAGUCACACUGUGAUGAUUUCCAAAGGCCAUUUAGAUUGUACCAAAAGUGAAAAGUCCACCAAGAUAGAUACUACAUCAUUUCUGGCUAACUUAAAGCUCCACACUGAAGAUUCAAGAAUGAAGAAAGAAUUACAUUUUUCCGUAGAUCAAAACACUUCUUCAGAAAAGAAGAUAAAUUUCAAUGACUUCAUAAAAAGAUUGAAAAUAGGAAAAUCAAAUGCUUCUCCUUUUACAGGACCUGAUAAAGAAAAUUCUGAGAUGCCUAUUCAUUCCAAAGAAGCAAAUAAGACUACUUCUGUCCAUCAAAUGCGUGUAUCUCUUGGUGUAGAUGAAAAUACCAGUAAUAUGACUAGACUCCUUAGAGAACAAGAUGAUGGAAUGAAUUUUACCCAGUGUCAUACAACCAAUAUUCAGACUUUUGUUCCCACAUCCAAUGAGGCCAGCUUAAGGGAAUUUAAAGGUGAUGAUAUUACAGUUUAUGGCAAUGACUUCAUGGACUUGACAAUUAGCCACACUGUACAGAAGUUACCUUCAGCAAAUAAUCUGUCUGAAAUAGAAAAUCAAACUCAGGAUGUCAUGAUGGAUGUUUCAACAUGUUAUGAAACUAAAGCACUAGAACAGAAGACAGUCUUUAAGGAUAAACCGAAUGACGCUUUCCAAGACCUUUCCUUAAAUCCUGAAGGUAACAUACAUAUGAUCAGAAGUCAUAUUACAGGGACAGAAAUUCAAACAGUCACACAGGCUACCAACCAGGAUAUCAGACCAUUGGCCUUGAUCCCAGAAUCUAAAUGUUCUGGUCCAACUAUUCAAGAUGAUAAGACAUUUUUCUAUUCUAGUUGUAAUGAUGCCAUGGAACUGACCAAGUGUCACUCAAGUAUGAGAGAGGAGAAGAGUUUGGUAAAGCAUGACAGUAAUUAUUCUAAAAUGUAUCCCAAUCCAGAUGGCAAUUCUCUUCUCAGAGAAAAAACUGUUUAUUCAGGAGAAGAUAGCAUGGACAUUACCAAGAGUCACACAGUUAAAAUAGAUAAUCAAAUUUUUAAACAAGUUCAGACAAAUGUACAGAAAGCAACUGCACCAGUAUCUGAAAAAGAAAUGAUGAUCCAAAAUCACAUAAUUGUGUCAGAGAAUUGGGACAUAAAUGUAAAUUGUCGUUCCGUUCCUCUUCUAUCUAAGGAAAGAUUACAGCAGAGCCCGGAAAAUCCUUUAUUUAUUUCAUUGACUGACAAAAGGACUGAAAUCUUCAUAGAUGAAAAUAUGGAUUUGACUAAAAGUCACACAGUUAAUUUAGGAAGUCAGUUUCCUCUUGCAUCUUGCAAUCUAACAUCUGAGAAUACCAGUAAAUCUCACUGUCACAGCAAAAGCCUUUCAAAUGAAUGGGAAAAAAUGACCAAAGAUCAUAUUGACCUAUCCCAACAACAAAACAUAAUAUCUAAGAACAUCCCAGCUAAUACCUGGGACAAAGAAAAAAGUCAAGUUUUGAAGAUUUCACCCUAUCUUGAUAAAGAUUCUCCUCAGUCACCUGAUAUUAACCAGGACAUAGCAACAAAACAUAAUAUAGUAUACUUUUGUGAAGAUCUUCACAAACAGGUUCCACUGGGAAAUAACAGAAAUACAAUUUCAUGUGAGCAAGCUUUGUUUCCUACUACAAAGCCAUUAUUUUCAUCAAGAGGACAGCCUGCCAUCAGAAAUCAUAAUGUUGUUAACAGUCAAACAGUAAAAUCUGUACUAGGCCAGAAUUCUAAACUGCCUGAGCCACUAAGGAAAAGUUUAGGUAAUCCCAUUCCUGACUGUUCUGACAAGACAGUUAUUUGUUCAGAGGAGGAAGAAAAUAUGGAUCUAACCAAGAGUCACACUGUUAUUACUGGAUUUGGUCCUUCUGAAGUACUAGAACUAAGUAAGACUAAUUUAGAAAACACUAACAGCCAGUUAUCAACAGUAAACAGACAGAAAGCUCUAAAAGUUGAAAAAUGUAAUGGAAGUCCUAUAGAAAAAAUGGGAGUGUUUAUUUCUAAUGGUAUCAUGGAUGUGUUGGAGGACAAAAAUGUGCAGAAAUCCGGAAUUCUGAAUGAAAAACAAGAUGUCAAAAUUUGUGGAAGAAAAAGUCUUGGCAGACUAAAAGUUGAUAAGACUGUUGUAUUUUCAGAGGGAAAUGAGAAUGAUAUGGAUAUCACCAAGAGUUGUACAGUGGAAAUAAGUCAUAGACCUUUACUAGAUGAACAUGAUUCUCAUUUGGUGCCUUUGGCAGGAAAUUCUAACACUGUUUUGUAUGCAUGUGGGCAAGAUGACAUGGAGGUCACCAGAAGUCACACAACUGCUAUAGAAUGUAAAACUGUCUCACCAGAUAAAACAACUACUAGGCCUGUGGACAAAACUGUAAUGUUUGUAGAUGAUCAUGAUGAACUAGAAAUGACAAAGUCCCAUACUGUUUUCAUUGACUGCCAAGCAAAGGAGAGAGCUGUGCUUCCAGACAGACCGAACUUUGAACUAUCCAAAAGAAAAAGCCUAGAAAAAUCAAAAGUGACCCCUACUUCUACUGAGGAGAGUGUUUUUUCCCCGCAAAAUGUCGAAAGGGAUCAUUCAGUCGCAAAAGUCAGCCAGCUAACACUACCAGGGAAAUGGUCUAAUCAUGGUCCUUUAGAAAAAGCUGAAGCAUUUAUAGCUGAUGAUAACAUGGAAGUGUCUAAAUCAACCAUUUGGAAAAAUGACAGAAAUGUACAAAAGCCUGUAUUUCUGAAUGAACCUCUAUCAUGCAAAAAUCAGAGAAGGAAAAGCCUUAGACGCAAAAAUGACACGACCAUUGCAUUUUCAAAGAAUGAUAAAAAUGAUAUGGAUGUCAUCCAGUGUUGUACAGUGGAAAUAAAUAACAAAAGUGUCCUGGAAGAUAAAGAGGACUCCCAUUUCGUGCCUUUGGAAGGACCUUCUAAUACUGUUUUGUAUACAUGUGGACAGGAUGACAUGGAGAUCACCAGAAGUCAUACAACUGCCUUAGAAUAUAAACCUCUCUCACCAGAUAAAAUAACCACUAGGACUAUAGACAAAACUGUUAUGUUUGUAGAUAAUCACAGUGAUCUGGAAGUUACCAAGUCCCACACUGUUUUCAUUGAUUGUCAAGCCACGGAGAAAAUACUUCAAGAGUGCUCUGCAUUUGGAAUAGCAAAAGAAAAAACCUUGGGUGUUUCUUUUCCACAGGAUGGUAAUUCUAUUCAAGAAGUCACUAAAAAACAAGCACUGGCUGUAGAAAACAAAAUCAUUCUUCACAGUGAGCAAAAGCAUAAUGUGAUACCCUUUGUUCCUACUAAUGCAUUGUCUGGCAGUCAAGGUGAGACAGAUGUUAAAUUCCAUAGCACUUCUGUGGAUGAAGAAGUCAUGAAAGUUGUAGGCCAGGCCUAUACAUUUGAAAAAGCCAAAAUUGAAAGCUGUCAGUUAAAUAGUACAGAUAGAAGAAAUGUGGAUUUUACAAGCAGACCUGCAACUGCUGUUUGUGGAUCUGGUGAUAAUUAUUCCUGUUUACCUAAUGUUACUUCGUUUUUUGGUAAUUUGGAGAAGAAUGUCAUGUCCUUAUGUGAUAAAGAUGAAGAUUUAAAAGCCAGUCAUUGCCCAGUGCAAAAUGAUCUUCCUUAUGCAAACAGUUCAGCCAGUGAUGAUGAUUUGAAAUCUGAGGGACUGCCUCUUUCUGCUCCUUGCUUGUUAGAGAAGGAGAAAGUUGUUCAAACCAAUACCCAAGGACAGUUACAUUGUGUCCCCAAAAUGCUGAAAGAUCAAGAUCUGAUUAAGAAGCCCCCAAAUCUAAUAUCAAAUGAAACUUUAGUAUAUGGUGAAGAUUUGGGGAAGAUGACUAAACUUAACUUAAAGCCAGUGUCUUUUAAACUUCCAAGGGAUCAAGCGGAGCCCUCUGUUGAUAAGGCAGAACACAAUUUAAAGAAGACUUUUGUUGAUGAUGUUUGUGUUGCUUCUCAGCAUCAUCUAUUAACCCAACUACCUCCAUUACCUCAACAAGGACAGAAUAUUGUCAAUAAAGAUGAAGCAAUAUUGUCUAAAGCUGGAAAUAAUUUAAAUAUUGUUGGAGGAAAUUCCUCUGAACCCACAUGUGAAAACGAUUCCACAAUGCUCUAUAAUGGGAAACAGUUUACUGCAGCCUGUAAAAAAGAACCAAAGAAAAAUAUUCAAACAGCUGAAUGUAAUACAGCUACAGAUUUCCACAGUAACUCAGCCUUGACUAAGCAAGUUAUUCAGACUCUUAUCAAUCCUCGAGAAGCAUCAGAUCCUGUAAUUGCAUCCAGUGUUGCAACUUGUAGUGUCAAACCAAAUCUGAAUAACUUAAAUGGAAAAACUGAAGACUUUUUAGAUUUCCAACCAGUUUGUUUACCACCUUCUCCAGAACAGUUACUUAAAUUGGUAAAUAAGGCACACAGUGAUAUGAGUGUAGUGCAAGCUAUAGAAAUACAUAAUGUUAACAUAGUGUCUAGCAAUGUUAAAGAUGAUAGAGAUGAAGAAAAUAAAGUUCCACAUAAUGGAGCUGAAACCACCUCUGUACCAUUAAUGACAACUGUAAAAGAUAAAAUGAGGAGAUGUUCUUUGGGAAUAUUUUUGCCCAGACUGCCAAACAAAAGAAAUUGUAGUGUCACUGGUAUUGAUGAUCUGAAGCAGGUUCCAGCAGACACAACUGAUUUAAAUCACUUAGAAACUCAGCCGGUUUCCAGUAAGGAUUCAGGCAUUGGGAUUGUUACAACUAAACUGAACUUAAGUCCAUCUCAAUAUAUAAAUGAGGAAAAUCUCCCUAUAUGUCCUGGUGAGAUUAAUUCCUCAGACUCUAUCAGCAUAGAUACUGAGGAAAAGGCUUUGACUGAGACAUACCAAAAAGAGACUUCACCCUCUGAAAAUAAAAUGGAAGAAACCUGCAAUAGCCAAAAAAGAACCUGGGUACAAGAAGGUGAUGAUGAUAUUCAGAAUGAGAAAAAAAUCAGAAAGAAUGAAAUUGGGUUUAGUGAUACUGCCCAAUAUCAGGAGAUUUCUGAUCUCCAUGCUGAAGGAGAUAUGGAUAAAAAUGCUAACAGUGUAUUGAUAAAAAGCCUGAGCAGAACCCCAUCUAGUUGUAGCAGUUCUCUGGAUUCAAUCAAGGCUGAUGGGACCUCUCUGGACUUAAGCACACACCUUGGUAGUCAAAUAGAAUCACAGUUUCUCAGAGAUACCGUUUGUGAAGAGAGCUUGAAGGAGAAACUCAAAGAUGGAAGAAUAACAAUAAAGGAGUUCUUUAUACUUCUUCAGGUCCACAUUCUGAUACAGAAACCCCGACAGAGCAAUCUUCCAGCCAAAUUUACUAUAAACACAUCACCUACUCUGGAAGACCUGAUGUUGAGUCAAUAUGUUUACCGACCCAAGAUACAGAUUUAUAAAGAAGAUUGUGAAGCUCUUCGCCAGAAGAUUGAAGAAUUAAAGCUUUCUACACUGAACCAAGAUAAACUGUUGACUGAUAUAAAUAGAAACCUGUGGGAAAAAAUGAAACACUGCUCUGAUGAGGAGCUGAAGGCCUUUGGAAUUUACUUAAACAAAAUAAAGUCACGUUUUACCAAGAUGACUAAAGUCUUCACUCACCAAGGAAAAGUGGCUCUAUACAGCAAGCUGGUGCAGUCAGCUCAGAGUGAGAGAGAGAAACUUCAUAAAAGGAUAAAUGAGAUGGACGACAUACUUAAGAAGAUUGAUAACUGUCUCACCGAGGUGGAAAUAGAAACUAAGAAUUUGGAGGAUGAACAGAAAGACAGUCCUGUGGAAGAACUGAAUUCUGAAGUGAGAGCUGCAGAGAAAGAACUGGAACAGCUGAAAACUGAGGAAGAAAAGCUUCAAAGAGAUUUUUUAGAGCUGGAGAUACAGAAAGAGCAGAUCCUUGCUCAAUUAGACUUUGUGCAAAAACAAACAAAGAGAACUGAAGAGCUACUGGAUCAGUUGAGCUUGUCUGAAUGGGAUGUCAUUGAGUGGAGUGAUAAUCAAGCUGUAUUCACCUUUCUUUAUGACACAAUAGAACUCAUCAUUACCUUUGGAGAGCCAGUAGUUGGUCUCCCUUUCCUGGACAAGGCUUAUAGGAAGAUUGUUGAUCUGAAUUUUCAAUCUCUGUUAGAUGAGGAUAAAGCUCCUCCUUCCUCCCUUUUAGUUCAUAACCUUAUUUUCCAGUACAUUGAGCAACAGGAAUCCUGGAAGAAGACAUGCACAACACAGCAUCAGGUACCCAAGAUGCUUCAAGAAAUCUCACUGGUAGUGAGCCAUUGCAAACUCCUUGGAGAGGAGAUUGAGUUUUUAAAGCGAUGGGGACCAAAUUAUAACCUAAUAAGCAUAAAUGUGAAAAAUACUGAAUUGAAGCUUUUAUUCUCCAGCUCAGCAGCAUUUGCAAAGUUUGAGAUAACUUUGUCUCUCUCAGCCCACUACCCAUCAGUCCCGUUACCUUUUUCUAUUCAAAAUCACCUUGGAAACAUUGGCCAAGAUGAAGUCACUGCCAUUCUAUCUAAAGUGCCACUGGAAGACAACUACCUAAAGAAUGUAGUCAAACAAAUUUACCGAGAUCUGCUUCAGGACGACUGCCCUUUCUACCACUAGAAUCAUGGAUUGCAGUUAUAACAGUCAAGCACAGUACACUUAAUAAUAAUACUGUGUCAGUGUUUCAAUUACUGUUUAACAUUCAUCUUUAGGUCAUAGAAGUCUAGUAAAGUUUCUUCUGAUGGAAAUUUCUCCCACUAAAGUUGUGCUGUCUAAUUUAGUACAAACUCUUUAAGAACUAACUUUUAAGUAUAAGAGGAGGGGUCACCACAAACAAAAAUAUUAGCCAUUUUCCCAUAUCUAGGGCUGUGAUUUUUAGGUUUCUGGCUUCUGCCUACCAGAUAUUUCCAGGGUAGUCAUGUCUAUCUACAAACCACUCAUCCUCCCUUUUUCUCCAUUCCAGAGAUGUUAUUAAGAGAAAGCAAUAGCACUCAGCUAUUGGAGUGGUUGCCAUCUUCUCUUAAACACCUAGUGUUCUUUUAUAUAGUGUCUACUAGCAUUUUCCUAAUAAGUAUAAUUUUGUAGGGAAAAAUUAAUUUUUGGUCUGAUACAUAUCUGUAAAUAUAUUAAUACUGUUUUUGUGUUUGUGAUAUAGUAAAGAGCUGUAUAUAGAAAUACAUAGAGAUGUAUAGAGAGACAUCCCUCUACCUGGGCAGUUUCGAAACAUCUUCCUGAAGGAUGCUUUACAACAAGAUUCUCAGUCUCCAUUUAAUAACAGCUUCAAACAAUAUCACACCCAAAACACAGGUUUGUCAAGUUUUGGUAAUGGUAAUGAACUUUUAAGUAUUGGUUUCUGAAGCCAAACACUUUCUUAUACACAAAAAUAGGCACGUCCACUGAUAUUGAAUAAUCAGUAUUAUCUGUAAGAUAGACAAAUGUGAAAAAACUUCAUCCAAUCUUUAGUCAAAUCCUAAUCAUGAUAAUUUUUGUUUCCCUUAUAUAUUUCUCAAAUAUAUUUACAUUUUUAAACUAAUUUGUCUUAAUAUUUUGCUUUAUAUUUUGGGAUCAGGUUAAAGUUUUAUGGGUCCCAUGAAUGUUAUUUGCCCUCUUGAUUGGCUUUUACUCCUGAACUACUAGUCAAAAUAGUAAAUGGUCUUUUAAGCUUCAAAAGUCAACAUAAAACUCAUUUGCCAUAAAAAUCAAUAUUUAAAUGUUCCCUAUUUCUGUAAACUCCUUGAAAAAAUUUUAAGGUCAUCAAUAUGGUGUUUCCCUGAAACUUCCCAUGAAAUUUGUUUUCUUACUGGAGUUGUUUUAUUUCUUUCUUUAAACCUAAAAAGUAGAAGUUUUGUUUUAUGUAUUUUGGCAGCCUGGAAUGACCAGUUCCAAGGAUGAUUUGGCUUGUAAUGAUAAUCUCUGCUUUCUUGGGUUUGGAGUACAUAAUUGUAUUAUUUAUCUAGUUAUUUGCUUUUCUAUUUGUUCAAAGUAUUGGCUAUUUUUAUAAAAUUUUUUGGAAAUUUCUUCACUAGUGAUUGGAAGCAGAUUAUUUUUUGCACUAUUAAAGUAAGUUUAUUAUGUAAAUAUUUUUAAAGCAGUAUCUCUUUAUGAAGUUUUUUUUUUUAUUCUGUAUCCAAUAUAUCCUUGAAGAUACGCCUAAGCAAGCUCCCUUUAGGAAUACUCACCUAUUUGAAAACUCAGAUAAGAUUAAAGUAUGUCAGGACCUUAAUAAAAGGACCAGGUACAAACCGUAGUUAUCCCUGUGUGUCUAAGGCACAGUAAAAGUAUUUUGAAGUCUGUUAGGAAACUAUUAUUUCUUAAGAAUUAAUGUAGUGGUUCUCAAAGUAUAGUCCCUAGACCAGCAGUCCCCAACCUUUUUGGCACCAGGGACCAGUUUCAUGGAAGAAAAUUUUUCAACAGAUCAGGGGCCAGGGGAGUGGUAUGGUUUAGGCAGUAAUGUGAGCUAUGGGGAGCAGCAGAUGAAGCUUGCCCACCACUCACCUCCUGCUGUGCAACCCAGUUCCUAACAUGCUGCAGACUGAUAACCAGUCUGUGGCCUGGGGGUUUGGGACCAUUGUUUUAGACAACCUCCCUUAGCUCUUCACAAGUAUCCAUGUUGUUGACCUAAAGUCUAGACUGCCAGAUAUUUCUCCAACAAAAAUGGAUUCAGGAUCAGAAGAAAACUGCAAUUCGUGGUCUGCAACCAUGGUGGGCCACAUGCAAUUUCCCGCUCUACAAGGAAAGAAAAACACUUAAUAGAGAGGAAAGGAAAGCCAGGAGGCUACAGGAAACAAAGGCUUUUCAUUGGCUGAACACUUCCCAGAAAAGGAGUCUCUUCUUUUUGUUGGACUCUGCCAACAGUACAGGCCAUGAGAAUUCCCCAUUCUGCUCUUCUUCCUCUACUUAAUCGAGGUUUUUGAUUACUAAUUUUUUAAAAUAUGAAAUCAAAACGAAACAGAAAGGCAGGGAAACGCUGCUAGAUUGCAGGAGACUAAAGAACUUUUGAAAAGCAGGAGAAUGCUCUUAUUAGGAAACACAUGUCUGCAAUUUACUUUCAAAAGAUUUUUUAAUAUAUAUAAUUUUAUUUAGUUAUUUUUGGCUGUGCUGGGUCUUCAUUGCUGAACAGGCUUUUCUCUGGUUGCAGCAAGCGGAGGCUACUCCGCAUUGGCUUCACUGUGGUGGCUUCUCUUGUUGGGCAGCGUGGCUCUGGGGUGUUUGGGCUGCAGUAGUUGCAGUGUACAGGCGCGAUAGUUGUGGCUCAGGGUUCUAGAACACAGGCUUAGCAGCUGUGGUCCAUGGGCUUAGUUGUUCCAUGGCACAUGGGAUCUUCCCAGUUCAGGGAUCGAUCGAACGCAUGUGUCCUCCAUUGGCAAGAGGAUUCUUUACCACUGAACCACCAGGUAAACCCUCAAAUAUUUUUUUUAAAGUAUGUGUGCAUAUGUGCAUAUAUGCAUGUGUGUUAGAGAUGCAGGAAAAAUGAGAGAAAACAAAUACAACAACAUGUACAUAGGUGUUUAAAUGCACUGUUUAAUUCCACAUGCUACACAGUGUGGCCAAAAAAAAAAGAGAAGGAAAAAAAAGGUUUUCUUGGUGGCCAGGCAUGAGAGGUAGUACAAUUCUAAGAUUUCAUUGAGGCUCUAGUAAAGACUGAUGAAUUGCUUUUGUUCCAUAAGGAAGUAUAUCUUCCCACAGCUGUUUCUGAUGCCAAAUUUUAUUUCUUUCCUCCCUAGACUAUGCCAAAUUCUUUCUGGUGAUGUUUCCCCAUCCUUUAACAAUUUUCCAAAAUGAAAAAUUGUAUUGUGUUCUUUUUAAAAAUUGUGCUUAAAUCACAAGGAAAGUAAACAUUUCUCUUUUAUUCUGUCCCUAGACACUCAAUUUCCCUUUUUAGAGACAACCAGUGUUACCUGUUUCUUAUCUGUUGUUCCAAAGCUGUCUGUAUACAAAAGUAAACAUGUAUGCAAGUAGUUAUGAGUGUGUAAAUAUAUAUUUUUUCUCUCCUUUUUUACACAAAUAGCCCAUCAAUACACACUGUCCUUCACUUUACCUUUUUCACUUAAGGACAUAUCUUGAUAGGUUCAGAUCAAUACAUAAAGAACUUCCAACACAUAUUUUUGCUUUUAGUUAAAUCGUAGACCACUGGAUGGAUGUACUAUAUCUAUUGAUAAGCAUGUAGGUUGUUUAUCACCUUCUGCUACUGUAAAUUAUGCUGAAAUUUUGCAUAUGUGUAAGUUUAUCUAUAGGAUAGCUUCCUAGAAAUGGAGCUGUUAAGUCAAAGGCUAGUUGCAUUUGUAACUUUAAUAGAUGUCAGCAAACUGCCCUUUAAAAUAGUCAAAUCAAUCCUACUAGGAAUGAGUACCACAAACUUGCUAAUACAGUGUGUCCCAAACUUUUUGAUGGUAAUCUCAUAUGUGCUUUAGAGCAAUUUGUAUGUCCUUUUCUGUGAACUGUCUGUUGAUAAUCUUUGCCCAUUUUUCUGAGUUAUCUUUCUCAUUGACUUGUAGAAUAUGUUUAUAAAAGAAUUCUUUUUGAUAUAGGUUGCCAAAUUUCCCCCAUUUGUUGGUUUACUUCACAUUAUUUAUGAUGGGUUUUGCCAUUUAGAAUCUUAAAGAUAUAUAUAUAAUGAUGAAAUGAAAUUAACAUUUUAAGGCAAGACAAGAAAAAUUUUUCACUGCCCUUUCAGGCCUCCUCCCUUCCCUCUAGUGUGCAGUGUGCGUCUGCAUUAUGCAUUAACCAAACCUCCCCAACAGCAGAAAUACCUGUUCAAACAUAGAGACAAGUUUUUCUUCUGGCACCAGCCAUGUAGUCCUUAGAAAAAAACAUUCUUUUCUCAUUGCUGUAAGAGAUCUCAAUGAACUACCACCUACCUUGUAUAUGUGGACAUAUUUGGUGAACUUAUGUAUAAAGAUUAUGACUGAUAUGACUGGUACAGAACAGACUUGGUCAGGUGACCUGGACAACACCUAAUGGAAGAAAGUUCUUUUCUUAACUACUUAACGACUCUAUUAAUGUUACUAGCCAUGUUACUUGUAUUCUGCCUAUUUUAUAAGAUUACUGGGUUGUUUAGUUGGUUUGUUUUUUGUGUGUAUGCUUUUUUUUUUUUUUUUUUUCA